CUCUCUCUGCCCAUAAAUACGCCUCAAUUGAAUUUGUCCCGCGUAUCCGGAGAGAUCCAUCACUUCCCCUAGUGGCCCCCGCCAUUUAGGUGUUUACUAUUAUUCACCAUGGCCUCUUUAUCGUCCAUCCCACGGUUCCUGCUUCCACAGUCUGGCGCGAUAUGGCGGACGACAGCUCGCGCAGCUCCUUUUGCGAGGCCGCUCAAUGCUGAACUCAGUCGGGUCCUGGUACGUUAUGCAUCCAAGACCGCUGCCACUUCAAAGACCGUCGCAACCAACAAGUUCGGAGCUCCAAAAGCUGCCUCAACCAAGGCAUCUCCGGUGAAGCCUGCGUUGGCCAAGACGGUACCGGCCAAACCGGCCACCGCCAAAGCGCCUGCUACCAAGCCUGCACUGAAGCCAUCCUCUAUCCCUGAUCCUUCGAAACCCAUCGUUCUUGAAAAGCCAGAGAGAUUCAACCCACCGUCUCACGGCGCCCGGCUUCCGAGGGGCACACCGAGACAUUACGGAGGUGCACCAACGUUCGAAGAAGUACAGGCACAAAAGACUAAAGAAUACCCUGGCCUUCCUCCGCCCCCGAACACAUGGUCCCAUUGGUUUAUCAACAACCGCCAUAUCCACAUGUUCAUCACUCUGGGAACUCUGUUAUCUUUAGCGGCCUAUACCUCCGCCGCGAAUUUUAACGCCAACUCUCCGUUUGCAGACCAAAUCCCGCCCUUUUCUGAAUUCUACUCGCAUCCGAUCGACUACAUUGGGACCUGCUUUCAUGUAUUCAAGCUUCAUGAAGAGCAUAUCUCUGCCGUGACAGCUGAGAAGCGCCGCCGCAAGGUUGAGGAUGUCGCUAAGCGCAGCGAGUACCGCAAGGCUCAUGGUCUGGACUCUGCGCAAGGUAUCGAAAGCUGGAUGGGAUCUUCAAAGCCAUCUGCGACAGCCCCAGCCGUAGCUGUAGGCGAUGCGGCGAUUCCAGUGACUGCACCGGUUGAUGGUCAGGCACCAGCGCAGCAGGGGUUUGACUCAGACGUAAACGUCGCCGAGGAGGGCAAACGCAAGAAGUUCUUGGGCAUCUUCUAGAACCGGGAAUCUGGGGCUAGUCAGGCCCUUGUCGCACUGCCUCGCUAUGGUUCCAGCAUACACGACUGAGGCGCAUG